GUUAACUAACAACUAAAACAACUACCAACAUCAAACAUUGGAAAGCUUAUAACUCUCGUUUUAGCUAGUGUUUCUUAGCUAAUAGCUAUUUCUCUGUGAAUCAGUUGAUUUUUUUUAAUUUUAAAUUAACAUUUUUCUCCAAGUUCAAGUGUUGAUUUCACCAAUUAUACUGACAAUACUCUCACUUUUGAGUUGCUUUCUCUGCCAAUUGAUAAAUCUUUUAAUCCUCAUCAUGACCAAAUACAAUUUCUCAAAAGGACAACUUGAAACUAAAGUUGCUCCAGUUACUGAUGAUUACUUGAUCAGUGAUAAAGUUCUUGGUCUCGGUAUCAAUGGAAAGGUUGUUGAAUGCAUUCACAAGAAAACAGGAGCCAAAUAUGCUUUGAAGGUUCUUCGUGAUAGUCCCAAAGCCAGAAGGGAAGUUGAUCUUCAUUGGAAAGCCUCAUCAUGUCCUCAAAUAGUGAACAUUGUCGAGGUUUACGAGAACCAAUACAGAGCCAACAAAUGUCUUCUGAUAAUUAUGGAAUGCAUGGAAGGCGGUGAAUUGUUUACUCGAAUACAGGAGAGGGCAGAAACUGCUUUCACUGAACGUGAAGCAGCUGCCAUUAUGCAUGACAUUUGUGAAGCCAUUCUCUACCUUCACACCAUGGACAUUGCCCAUCGUGAUUUGAAACCAGAAAACCUAUUGUACACCUCAGCCGGACUCGAUGGUAAAUUAAAGUUGACCGAUUUUGGAUUCGCCAAGGAAACCAGUUAUGCUAAAAGCUUGCAAACUCCUUGUUAUACACCCUAUUACGCUGCACCCGAAGUAUUGAGCAGCGAAAAAUACGACAAAUCGUGUGAUCUUUGGUCUCUUGGAGUUAUAAUGUACAUUCUUUUGUGUGGAUAUCCACCUUUCUAUUCAAACCAUGGUCUAGCCAUAAGUCCUGGAAUGAAGAAACGUAUUCGUGCUGGACAAUAUGAUUUUCCAGAAGAUGAAUGGCGAAAUGUUACCAAAGACGCUAAAGAUUUGAUUAAAAAGCUUUUAAAUACUGAUCCAGCGAAAAGGUUGACCAUUGAAGAAGUCAUGAAACACAAAUGGAUUAACAAAUAUUUAGAGGUUCCUCAAACUCCAUUAUGCUCAAUAAGGGUACUUAAAGAGGAUUUGGAUCAAUGGGUUGAGGUUCAAGAUGAAAUGACCCAAGCUUUGGCUACUAUGAGAGUUGAUUAUGAUUCAGCAAUCCAUUUGAAGAAACUUGAAUCGACGAACAACCGUUUAUUGGAAAAGCGUAAACGUAAAGCUUGAAUAUCAAAUGUCAUGCUUACUCAUGGAAAAGUUGGAAAUUGGUAUUUUUCAUUUUUUUCCAUGAAAAUAAUUAGCCAUUUUGAUCAAAGCAACGACAACUAUCAUAGUGCAUUUAUUGGGAUCAACCGUUUUAUUUGUCUGCAUUGUUUUUUUCAAUGUUAGAUUUGCUCAACUUGUAUACUUGAAUUACACUUUGGAUUCAUAUUUUGCUGUCACUCAGAUAUAACUGUAACUUAAAUCAACUCUUUCUUUUUUUUGUUGUAAAUAUUAUUGCCAAUUUUAGCAGUUAAUUGCUAUCUAUUAAUUUCAUCACAAUCACUAUGCUCAUCGCAAAGCUCAUUGAGUUUAAGCAUAAUCUUUUGACUAUAAACGUAUAACAGUGUUUUUGUAUAUACAAGUCAACAAUUAACACUUUGUUAUCCACCAUUUACUUCAUUUACAAUCUGUGAACUAAUUGUCUUAAAGACUACAUAUUUCAUUGAUUACCAUUAAAUUUAAUUUAUACAUUCA